CUCAUGGCUCCAAAUGUACCCGCCUUUUGACCCAAAUAUUUUGCCCUAAAUUCCUCAAUUACCAACUCAUUUUUCACUCAGAAUUCCAUAUACCCACAUAGUAAGAUCUCCUACUUCCUGUUCUGCAUCAGAAUUGCUCCAAAAUCCUUGUGGUCCGCUAUACGUAGACACGUAUAACUGCAGACUUUUAGGGUUUUGUUAAAUCCUGAGACUUUUAUGGCUUCAGAAGAGGAGACCACGGGUGGGACUGGGAAGCAAGAGGAGGAGGACCCAACUGAAGUUGAGAAGAAAGGAGAAGUUAAGGAAGGUGCUGGUGAAGUAGAAGCGGAAAAAGUGGGAGAGAAGGAGGGGAAUCAAGAGAAAGAAGAGGGGAACGAAGAGUCGGAGGGAAAUGAGGAGAUAGAAGGACAAGGAGAGGGAAAUGCAGGGGAAGAGGAGGAAUUGAAAGAAGAGCAGGAAGAUGGAAAGGGGGAUGAGGAACAAGCAGAAGAGGGACAGAGCGAGGACGAAGAAGAUGAAGGAAAGAAAACGGAGGAGGAGAAGACUGAGAAGAAAACUGUGAAGAAGAGAUCGAGAAAAGUGAACAAAAGUGAGACUGGAGAGUUACCGUCACCAAGAACACCGGGGAGUGAGAGGCCAACGAGGGAGAGGAAAACAGUCGAAAGAUUUAUGGUGGGUGGAACUGCAAGGGGCUCCGCCAACAAGCCUUUGGCCAUUGAGAAGGGUCGAGGCACACAACUUAAGGACAUCCCAAAUGUGGCUUUCAAGUUGUCCAAGAGAAAAGCUGAUGAGAACCUGCAGCUCCUUCACACCAUUCUAUUUGGGAAGAAAACGAAGGUGCACAAUCUGAAGAAAAAUUUAGGCCUCUUUUCUGGUUUUGUAUGGGUUGAGAAUGAGGAAAAACAGAGGGCUAAAGUCAAGGACAAACUUGACAAAUGUGUUAAAGAAAAGUUGUUGGAUUUCUGUGAUGUCCUUAAUAUUUCAGUCAAUAAAGCUUCUGUAAAGAAGGAAGAACUCUCUUCAAAGGUAUUGGAAUUCUUGGAAUCUCCUCAUGCUACAACAGAUACCUUGCUUGCUGACAAGGAAAAGGGUAAGAAGCGGAAGAGUAAGGGCUCAGCAAUCAAGAGCCCAAGUUCUAAUGCAACAACUGGGAAAUCUACAAAGAAGCAAAAAUUGGAUUCUGAAUCUGGGAAGAAGCGAAAGCAUUCUACUGAUGACGAAGAUGAUGAUAAAAGUGAACCUUCACACAGUGAGGCUGAUCAGGAUGAUGACAAUUCAGAUCCUGGAGCAGAAAGUGACCAGGAAGAGAAUGACUCAGAAGAAGAGACAGAUGAAGAUCAAGAUAAACCCGAAAAACAGGUGGUUGUUGAGAAGGGUUCUUCUAAGAGAAGUGCAAAGAAGGAUAGUGGUAGCAGAGGUGUGAAGCCUAAGGCUGUUGGUAAAGGGAGCCCUUCUAAAGCUUCCAAAUCCUCUGGUAAAUCUAAAAAAUCACCCAGUUCAGUGUCAAAGAAAGAAGCUGCUGAAGCUGAAUCAAAGAGUAAAAAGAAGGCACCCUUGAGUAAGAAACAAAAAGUUGAGAAGGAAAGUGAAAAGGAUACUAGUACACCUGCAAAGGGUGCAUCUUCAAGUAAAAAAAAGUCAACCAAGUCCUCGGCCAAAGUUUUGGAGGAGCAAGGGGAAGAGAAAAAUAGCAAAGAAGUUGAGAAAGAGCCCACCACAGAAGAAAUGCAUGCUGUAGUAGUGGAUAUACUGAAGGAAGUAGAUUUCAACACUGCAACACUAUCUGACAUCCUCAGACAACUAGGAAACCAUUUUGGGGUAAAUUUGCUGCAUAGGAAAUCAGAAGUUAAAGCUAUAAUUACUGAAGUAAUAAAUAACAUGUCUGAUGAUGAAGAUGAGGACGCGGAUGCGUCUGGAGACGAAUCAGGAAAAGAUGGAGGGGAUGAUGAGGCUUAGAUUCAUCAAAGAAGGUUUCCCCUACAAUUGGUGGUCCGCAAUAUAUUAGAGUUUGAUUGCCAGUUAUCUCAGUAAAAGAUCGUUGAUCUUGGACCUUCAAGAGUUCCCUGAAAGGGCCGGUAUCAUCAUAUACAUUUUGUUCUUAUAAUAUGCUGCAUUAGCAUUCAGAUUUUGCUCCCUUGUAGCUGUACUUCAAUUUUCUGAAAGUAUUUUGAUAAAUUAUAGAGGGCGGGUGGGUGAUGUGCAAAAACUAGGAAUUAUAUGCUCUGUAAUAAAUGUGAAAUAUUAGUAGACCCUUUGUGCUAUCAGUAGCUCCGUCAUGUAAAUGAUCUAACAUAACAGUCUUUCGACCAAAAUUGACAAGAUGAAUUAUUUCUUUGAACAUGUAAACUGUCGUAUUUUGAUGCAGUGUAUGGUGUGAGAGCAUAAUAUAUGGAAUGUUAGAGUUA